AUGACAAUUAGGAUCCGUGCUGCCUUGUUCUCAAUAAUCUAUAAGAAGUGUCUCAAUCUUUCAAGCCAAUCAAAACAGGAGAACAUUAACUUAAUGAGCGUUGAUGUUGAAAGGAUUGGCUUUUUUAGUUGGUACUUGCAUAAUAUACGGAGGGUGCCUCUUGAGAUUGUUCUAGCAUUAUUGAUCUUGUACAAAAGCCUUGGACUUGCUUCAUUUGUAGCUUUUGUUGCCACAAUUAUUUUGAUGUUAGCACAUAUUCCACUAGGAAAACUACAGGAAAAAUUUCAAGGGAAAUUGAUGGAUUCAAAAGAUCAAAGGAUGAAGGUAACAUCUGAGACUCUAAGGAAUAUGAGGGUUCUCAAGCUCCAGGGUUGGGAUAUGAAGUUCUUGACUAAGAUAAUUGAGCUUAGAAACUUUGAAACAAGAUGA